CAUUCCUCAAGUACACAAACUCCAGAGAGGGGAAGAGUGGGAGAGAGACAGUCACAGAGUCUGGGAGGCUCUGGUUGAGGUUGACUUGGAUCCAAAUCCACUGGAGCAGCAAGACAGAAAGUUCCGGAGUUUGGACUAUGACAGAAAGGCUUUCGAGCACAGCACAUCAAGUUUUAGACCGUUACAAAAGCCUUAUACUGUAGAGUGAUCUUUUCUUUUUUUUUUUCCUGUUUGCAGUUUUCCCAGUGGGCUGUACCCUGAAGGAGUGUUUAGGGAAAGGGUCACAGGGUUUCCCAGAACUAGUGAAGUUGUUAGCAGCAUUAUCAACAGUUUAAGCUGUUGACAGAAGUGCUAACAAUGUCAGUUACAGCGUUUCUGGUCGCCCUCCUGUCUUUCUACCUGACUGUGGGGUCAGUCCACAGUCAGGGCUCCCCCCAUGAUUCCUUCAUCAUCCAGUACCUGGAGAGGAGACUGUCUCAAAUGGAGGAGCGUAUGAAUCAAUGUGAGCAAAAGACAGUGGGCGUCACCCAGAAGACCUAUGACCUCUCCUCUGAAAUCAGGGGUUAUCUGUCCACCCUCAAUGUUGUGAGAUCAGAGGUGCAGAGCGAGAUGGACAGCGUGUCUGCCCGUGUAGACCGCGUCGAGAGGGAGCUGGAGUAUCUCGAAAACAAGAUUCCCACCCAGACUGACAUCGAGAUGGAAGAGGCACUGCUGGAACAACAGAUCAAUGCUGCAGAAUUGGACCUGCUGAAGAAGAAAGCCAAGAUUAAAGUGGAGAAGGACUGCAGCAUUGUCCUGAGUCAGAUCAAGUCUCUCAAGAUUGUGAAGAAGGCAGGAGACACCUAUGGUUCCUGGUUCAGGGACCCCUCUCAAGGGUCAGCUAAGGUGUACCUGCUCAGUGGAAUCAGUAACAACACUCUGCUGGAGUAUGAUUCCCUGCACAGUUUCACAGAGAGCAACACCACCACACCAGUGAAGGUGUUGCAGCUGCCUUUUCCUUGGAUCGGGACGGGUCAGGUGGUCUACAAUGGAUUCCUCUACUACCAUAAGGCGGACACUCCAAACCAGAUACUGAAGGUGGACCUGUUGAAUGGUACCGUGGUGGACAGUACACUUGUACCAGGAGCGGGUCGUCUACCAGUUUACAGUCUGAACCCCAACACCUACCUGGACGUGGCUGUGGAUGAACUUGGUCUCUGGGUCAUCCAUGCUGACCCUGAGUAUGGAGGAAACCUGGUCAUAACCAAACUGGAUAAAGGUAGAGAAUACCACAUCU